AUGAGUGGACAGACUCUAGAAACUGUGACGAGAGGACAGACACUAGAAACUGUAACGAGAGGACAGACUCUAGAAACUGUGAAGAGAGGACAGAUUCUAGAAACUGUGACGAGCGGGCAUACUCUAGAAACUGUGAUCAGUGGACAGACUCUAGAAACUGUGACGAGAGGACAGACACUAGAAACUGUGACGAGAGGACAGACUAGAAACUGUGACGAGAGGACAGACCCUAGAAACUGUGACGAGAGGACAGACUGUAGAAACUGUGAAGAGUGGACAGACUCUAGAAACUGUGACGAGAGGACAGACUCUAGAAAUUGUGACGAGAGGACAGACUCUAGAAACUGUGACAAGAGGACAGAUUCUAGAAACUGUGAAGAGUGGACAGAUUCUAGAAACUGUGAUAAGUGGACAGACUCUAGAAAUUGUGACGAGAGAACAGACUCUAGAAACUGUGAAGAAUGGACAGACUCUAGAAACUGUGACGAGAGGAUAGACACUAGAAACUGUGACGAGAGGACAGACUUUAGAAACUGUGACGAGAGGACAGACCCUAGAAACUGUGACGAGAGGACAGAUUCUAGAAACUGUGAUGAGUGGACAGACUCUAGAAACUGUGACGAGAGAACAGACUCUAGAAACUGUGAAGAAUGGACAGACUCUAUAAACUGUGACGAGAGGACAGACUCUAGCAACUGUGAAGGAUGGACACACUCUAUAAAGUGUGAUGAGAGGACAGACUCUAGAAACUCAGAAGAAUGGACAGAUCCUAGAAACUGUGAAGAAUUGACAGACCCUAGAAAUUGCGAAGAGUGGACAGACUCUAGAAAUUGUGACGAAAGGACAGACUCUAGAAACUGUGACGAGAGGACAGAUUCUAGAAACUGUGAAGGAUGGACAGACUCUAGAAAUUGUGACGAGAGAACAGACUCUAGAAACUGUGAAGAAUGGACAGACUCUAUUAACUGUGACGAGAAGACAGACCCUAGAAACUGUGAAGAACGGACAGACCCUAGAAACUGUGAAGAAUUGACACACUCUAUAAAGUGUGAUGAGUGGACAGACUCUAUAAAGUGUGAUGAGAGGACAGACCCUAGAAAGUGUGACGAGUGGACAGACUCUAGAAACUGUGAAGAAUGGACACACUCUAUAAAGUGUGAUUAG